CGACGACUUCAUGACCGACACGACGGCGGCGGCGGCAAAGAUUCAUGGCAGCAAGACACCUGGAACUCCCAGCCCGCGGCAGAACAGUAUCACCAAGGUCUCGCCAGCGCUCAGCACGGGGCAGAACAGCCCCAUGAGACCAUCACCGUUUGCCCGCCACAGCAGCGUCAACCAAGCUGGCGGGAAACUAGUCAUCAGCAGUUGUGCAUUAGACAAGUCGCCAGCGAAGCCUCGACCGGGCAGUCCAUCUCGAACGUCCGUACUACACCCCAUUGACAUCGGACCAAUGCCGACAACUCCCCUCUCGAAACGAAAGAGCCGAAUUCGACCGCGGAAGACGCAGCCGUCGUUUCCGGAGACGCCUCUGCUCCAUCCGAUCGCGGUCGUACAGGUCUCUGCUUCGCUUCCAGAGACAACGUCGGCGCCGCCUCCGUCGUUUGGCAUGCUCUCGCUCGACGACUGGCUCGCCACGUACGAGCACGACGCUCUUCGGUACGAAUCCAUCGGGGCCUUCAUCGAGGUCAAGCUCCAGGAAGCCCUCCGGCUAUGCUCAAAAUUUCCGCACCCCAUGAAUCGGUUCCGCGCCGCAGUCGUAUGCAAUCUGCUCGAACGUGUGGCGUACGCCCUCGCCACGUCCGACACGUUCAGGCCUUAUCACUGGAGUAUUUACGCUCUGCGCGACGAGCUGCUUCGCAUGAUUCUGUCCGACCUGGCCGAUGACGACGUCGUUGCGACAGACGCCCAUGUUCCUCGCGCCGUGAGCUAUUUCAUCCAAAAGAUGCCGUAUUUCAUUGAGCUGCGGCUCGAGAACGACAAGAAAGACCAAGACUUCAACAAGCACCAGGCCGUGCUCCAAAAGCUGAUCCAGUCCAUGUUUAAGAACAUCGGGAGUGUGUUCCAGGCAUGGAAAAUGUUUGCCAAGACGAAGCGCGAGGACCGACUGAGCAAGAAGGCGGCGAAAAUCACGAGCGCGAUUUUAUCCAAGCGGGGACAAGGCCGCCUCGCGUUUUUGUCGUGGGCUAGGUACUGCUUGCACACGCGGCUGGAGAAGCAGCGCUUCAAAGAAGUCCAAGUCGAAAGGGACCACAUGCUUCGCAUUGGCGACCUCAAGAAGCAACUGAGCCAGUCGAACGACACGAUUGCCCACUUGAAAGCUGAGCUUCACGUGCUGCGGAUGGCUCAGAACAAAGAGACGGUCGAGCAAGUGAUCUUUGAAGAAAUGCCGGACGAUGCAGUGAGCGAAGCGGACUUGCAACAGCUACAAGCGUCCAACUCGGCGUUUUUGCGAUCGGCCUCGUCCAAGUCGUCCUUGCGACGGUGACCUGGCUGUUGGGUCGAGUUUUGAAAUCGACGACCCGCUCGUUUGAGAAUCGAAAGGUGCUGGUCGCCACACAUGCAUGUACCGUGCCGUGGACGCUUCGCCGUGUGCUUUCCAGCCGUCCAUCCUUCGGGGCGCCGUGUCCACCGAAUCGAACUCGCGCCGCGCACCCCCCCUCCAAACAACCCACCAUCCUCGUCAUCUCGACCAUCUGCACUCGCUUUGCCUUACCCACAUGUUAACCAUCCAUGCCACACAAAUCAAAUAUGCAACUGGACCGUUCUAGUGCUUUCACUCCAUGUCUUGAAUAUCCUCGGCCACAACCGCGUCGAGAUCGUCGUCGUUGUUGUCGACUUGCAUGCUUGCAUCGGCGGUGGUGGCCGCCCAUGCAUUUUGCGACGCCACCGUCGAUGGGGUCAGAUCGUGCAUGGUGCGCCGAAUGACGUCGAGGAACGUCGGCAUGGACGACGAAGGCAUCGACGUGGGGUGGGAUUCAAACGGUUGCAGCUCGGGCAACAAGUCUCCCAGGGGUGAUGGAGACGCGUUGGACCGGUCGAUGGUGUCGGGCAGCUCUUCUACCAACGGCGGGGACGUCUCGAUGGCGCCACCGCGUCGUGCAUGUCGGAGUGACGUCGAUGGUUGCGACAGUCGCUCCGACAGCUCCCGCCACCGCUGAAUUCCAUCCAUCUCUGGAGGGAGAUAUAUUGCCAUGAAGCGAUGGACCCAACUCUUGUGGCAAGAAAACAUACCAGAGGCAAAGGACGACGACGAC